UCUUUAAUUCAGCCUCAUGAUCGCUAUAAUGGGACCAAUUGUCUGAAUGCUGCUGGGAGCAAACUCUUUUCCCCAAAGAGACUAUAUUUCAAUGCCUGGAAAGACUUAUAAUGGAAUGCCUCAGUGUGCAGGGUGAAAAAGAGCAAGAUCCAUAUGUCAGUAAUCUAGGAUGGCCAGUGAAGGCUCCAAUAUCCCAAGCCCUGUCGUGCGUCAGAUUGACAAACAGUUUCUGAUCUGCAGCAUAUGCUUGGACCGUUACAAGAAUCCCAAAGUGCUCCCAUGCCUGCAUACCUUUUGUGAGAGGUGUUUACAGAAUUACAUUCCAGCUCAUAGCUUAACCCUUUCUUGCCCAGUGUGCCGCCAGACAUCUAUUCUUCCAGAGAAAGGGGUUUCUGCACUGCAAAACAAUUUCUUCAUCACCAACCUGAUGGAUGUCCUGCAGCGAACUCCAGACAGCAGUAUUGAGGAGGCUGCCAUCUUGGAGACUGUCACAGCUGUAGCUUCAGGGAAACCACUUUCCUGCCCCAAUCAUGAGGGAAAUCUGAUGGAGUUUUACUGUCAAUCCUGUGAGACAGCCAUGUGCCAGGAAUGUACAGUAGGAGAACAUGCAGAACAUCCAACAGUUCCUCUUAAGGAUGUAGUAGAACAACACAAGGCUUCUCUUCAAACACAGUUAGAUGCUGUGAACAAAAGGCUUCCAGAGAUAGAUACUGCGUUGCACUUCAUAUCUGAAAUUAUCCAUCAACUGACCAACGAAAAGACCAGCAUUGUAGAUGAAAUUCAUUCCACUUUUGAUGAACUCCAGAAGACGUUAAAUGUUCGCAAGAGCGUGUUGCUUAUGGAACUGGAAGUGAAUUAUGGCCUUAAACAUAAAGUCUUGCAGAAUCAGCUUGAUACUUUAUUGGAGGGACAAGAAAACAUUAAGAGCUGUAGCAAUUUUACCGCCCAAGCACUCAGUCAUGGAACUGAAACAGAAGUGUUACUUGUCAAAAAGCAGAUGAGUGACAAGCUAAAUGAACUGGCAGACCAGGAACUCCCUCUUCAGCCCCGUGAAAAUGAUCAACUGGAUUUCAUAGUAGAAACAGAAGGACUGAAAAAAUCCAUUCAUAAUCUUGGUACUAUUUUAACCACAAAUGCAGUGGCUUCUGAAACAGUGGCCACAGGUGAAGGACUUAAGCAGACUGUGAUAGGGCAGCCAAUGUCAGUCACCAUCACAACCAAGGACAAAGAUGGUGAGCUCUGUAAAACUGGAAAUGCUUAUCUCACAGCUGAGCUGAGCACACCUGAUGGAAGUGUGGCAGAUGGAGAGAUACUGGACAAUAAGAAUGGCACUUACGAAUUUCUGUACACUGUCCAGAAAGAAGGGGAUUUUAUUCUGUCUUUGAGACUGUACGAGCAACAUAUUAAAGGCAGCCCAUUCAAACUCAAAGUAAUUAGGUCAGCAGAUGUAUCUCCUACUACUGAAGGAGUUAAGAGACGUGUUAAGUCUCCUGGCAGCGGCCAUGUGAAACAGAAAGCUGUAAAGAGACCAGCUAGUAUGUACAGCACUGGCAAAAGGAAAGAGAACCCCAUUGAAGAUGAUCUAAUCUUCCGAGUAGGUACCAAAGGGAGAAACAAAGGGGAAUUUACAAACCUUCAGGGAGUAGCUGCAUCUACAAAUGGAAAAAUAUUAAUUGCAGAUAGCAAUAACCAAUGUGUGCAGAUAUUUUCCACCGAUGGCCAGUUCAAGAAUCGUUUUGGUGUACGGGGAAGAUCUCCUGGUCAGUUACAGCGGCCUACUGGAGUAGCUGUGCACCCUUGUGGUGAUAUCAUUAUUGCAGAUUACGAUAACAAAUGGGUUAGCAUAUUCUCCUCUGAUGGAAAAUUUAAGGCAAAAAUUGGAUCAGGAAAACUUAUGGGGCCAAAAGGUGUUUCUGUGGAUCGCAAUGGACAUAUUAUUGUAGUGGACAACAAAGCAUGCUGUGUAUUUAUCUUCCAGCCAAAUGGGAAAAUAGUAACCCGAUUUGGAAGCCGAGGCAAUGGAGAUAAACAGUUUGCAGGCCCUCAUUUUGCAGCUGUCAACCACAAUAAUGAAAUUAUUAUUACUGAUUUCCACAAUCAUUCUGUCAAGGUAUUUAACCAGGAAGGUGAAUUCUUGCUGAAGUUUGGAUCUAAUGGAGAAGGAAAUGGACAGUUCAAUGCUCCAACAGGAGUUGCUGUAGAUUCUAAUGGGAAUAUUAUUGUAGCAGAUUGGGGAAAUAGUCGGAUACAGGUUUUUGAUGGAAGUGGAUCCUUUUUAUCUUACAUAAAUACAUCUGCUGAUCCACUUUAUGGCCCUCAAGGUUUGGCUCUUACUUCGGAUGGUCAUGUUGUAGUUGCAGACUCUGGGAAUCACUGCUUCAAAGUCUACAGAUAUUUACAGUAAUAGGUGGAAUUGGAUCUUGUUUAAAAAUUACUAGCUGCUGCUAGAGGCCAGUGUAGAUAAUAUUCUGCUUCCUAAUAUUUCUUCUGUUUCUUAAAUAUUUAGAAUUUAAAACUGCAGGAUCUCCAGUAUGUUCAUUCUUUUAUUUUAUUCCAGACCUACUUUGUUUACAUAGAACUUGCAUAGAAUUUAUAUGCUCUGCACUGAACUUAUCACAAGGAUUAAUAAAUGAGACCCUACUUCCCCCUAUACCCCUCUAAAUAAAAACCUCACAAAGCCUAUAUGUAUGUAAUUGGAUGUACACAUGAAAGAGGGAAUGGACUCAAGAAGGUACUUGAUUCAGAAUAAUUUAUUUCAGUGUGAAUGGGAGAAGUUGUUUAAAUUUUCACACUUGAAAAUUCUUACUAGUAAUAAUAUUCAUUCCAGCAGGAUGUCUGGGAAUCUUCUAGAUCACAUUGUUAUUGUAGGCAUUUUACUUAGAUAACAUUAUUCAGAUUUACUUAGUAAGUAGUUUAUUUUAGUUUAAAAAAAGAUGUGAGUAAUCCUUUCUGUGUUAAUUGGCAGACCUAACAACUUAAUUUUUAGCAUUAUAAGAACAAAUACGUUUUCUGUGAUGCGUGGAUUGAUGUACAUAUCUAGCAACUUUUUUACUAUUCAAUAUAUUGUCGAGAUUUUCUUGAAACCUGAAACUUUACUUUGGAAAUGUAGGAUAAUGUAACUGCUGAUAUUUCAUAGAAUCAAGUUCCAAUUAACAUCAGGCUAAUUCAUUAAAAAUUGAUAUCAGUUUAGCUAAUUUGACAACUGAUAUUUAUACUUCAUAUAUGUCCCUACAGUGGUUACGAAAAAAGUCAGUUUUAUUCAGUUGCUUGUUUUUGCACAGGAAAACAAGUCUUAUGUAUAUCCUAUUAGAAGUCUUGUAUAACCAAAGGAAGUUUGGGUAGGUGACAGAUUUUGAGGUGGAAGUUGAGAGUUACCAAAGCAGGGUAUGUUUUU